GUUCAGAUCAAUAUUUGGAUCUUUACCCCUUCACAGGUUGGUUUGUGCAUCAGUGACAACUCGAACUCUUAUGUGUCAGCAAGGUCCUCUAAAAGCUAAGUUGGACUCGUCAAAGCCCAUCAUUUCUGAUACUUGAUACUCACAUUUGCUUUCCUCAGAAGAGAAGCCUUGAAGCUUGAGCUCAUAAACCCCUCGGUAUAACAGUUUCCUUGUCUUCUCGUUUUGAUGUUUUGUUUGUUUCCCUUUAUAAAAGCAAAGCAAAGCAAAGAGGGAGAUUACUCCCUCUUGUAGCUGAUGAUGAUCUCUUGUAGCAGACCCAAGAGACCCACUUUUGUGUUUAUAUAUUCCAUCUUUUUUCUCGUCCCCCUCUACUAUAUAUAGCAACAUACCCCCUUUGUUUCAUUCCCUAGCUCACUCAUUCCAAUUGUUCUAAUCAUUGUCUCUUCAUCUCUUUAUUGUUCUCCUCUCAAACAAUCUACCAGUCAUCUACUUCAUCAUUUUCCAAUCUAUAGCUAAAGGUCCUUCAUGGAGACAGUGGAAUUGAAGGUGGAGAUGGCAGGAAUACAUGAGAAGAGACUAAGGAAGUGUUUGUCAAAAGUGAAAGGAAUAGAGAAGGUGGAAGUGGAAGUUAGCAGUCAGAAGGUGGUAGUCACAGGGUAUACUCAUCGGAACAAAAUACUCAAGGCAUUAAGGAGAGCUGGUUUGAAAGCCGAUUUUUGGUCUGCACAGAAUGAGCUCCUCAAUGCUUAUGCCAGUGCCAGUUAUGGAAGCUUGAGAAUUAACAAUUUUAAUCUCUUCUAGCUAGUGUUUUGCUUACUCAUAUAUCUUUUCCUUUUUGUUCAAAUGAUCAUACCUGAAGUUUUUUGUUCCUUUUUUAUUUUUGGUCUGCAAAUGGAAAAGCCAUGUAUUUCAAUUGCACCAGCUGGUUAAAACUUAAAAGAAGAAAAGAGAAAUGGAAAAUAGUAUUUCAAAUUUUCUAA